CAGGCAAGCGCUGGUCCUCAAGGGGCAGCGAAAAAGGCGACCCACUUUUCACUUUGGCGCCUGUUUCCAUGCGAGCAACCUUCUUGCCGACGAAGUGUUCAUAGCAGGAGUAUCACAGUACAUACUAUUCCUGAGGUCUGAUUCAAUGCUGUAUUGUUGCUUAGCACGUUUUCAUGCAAGCUAGCGAGACGGUGGAAAUUUGGCACCCUUAAGCGAGGCGGCCCACACAAAUGCGAAGAUCGCGCUUUGGAAGGUUGGAAGGCGGGUUGCGGGGCCUCAUGCGGCCCAAGCUCGCCGUCGCGCAGGCCGGCUCCCAGGGUGACGUGUCGUUCGAGCUGCUGCCGCCCUUCGGCUCCGCGCUGGAGCCGGAGCACCUCGACGCCUUCCACGCCGCCGGCCUCGUCCUGCAGCACGCCUUCCCCAACAUCACAUCUGACGUAAAAGGCUGUGUGUACCGUGGCCGGUUUGCACGCUCUGGAAAGCAAGCCAGCAGCGACUUGGGCCAGUUCGAGCCCUACCUGACCGCCUGCCUGUGGCUGGGCGGGGAGGUGGUGGCGGCGGCGGCGCUGCGCCUCAACCUGCCGCCGCCGCCCUCGUCCGCGUCCUCGUCGGCGGCCGCAUCCACCAGUAGUGGCGCCGGGGCGGAAGGCACGCACCUGCAGGUUGUGCUGCAGGCCACGGCGCCUGCCCUGCAGCGGCGCGGGCUGGGGCGGCUGCUGACGCGAUGCAUCAUGCAGACCGCAGCGGAGCAGGGGCACCAGUACAUCACGGCUCUGGUUUCGGACCAGAACACGACCCAGUUUUGGGAGGAUUUGGGUUUCGCCGCCGCGCCGGUGCGCUUCAGCAAAACGCAGUCGCUGAUGCUGCACAAGGUGCUGAGCGAGAGCCGCACGCAGUCGCUGUUCACGGAUGUGGGCGUGUGGUUUGAGGAGCUGCCUCAAAUACAGCAGCAGCGGGAGGCGGGCGGCGACGAUGAGGGGGAGGGGGAGGGCAAGGAAGAGGGGGAGGAGAUGGUGGGGGCUCGCGCAGAACGACGGGAGCCCGCCGCUGACCAGCAGGCGCUGGGGGCGGCACCUGCUGCUGCUGUCAAGCAGGAGGCAGAUCCAGCGGAGGAAAGCCCCGGCGGCGCUGCUACUGGCAUUGUAUUGGGCCCGUCGUGCGGCAGCAGCAGGGACACGCGCGCGGCGCCGCCCCAGCAGCUGGGCUCAGCUCAGCAGCUGGUGCAACAGGCGGCCGCACGUGUGUCGGCCGCCUUUGCAGCCACCUCAGCUGGGGCCAGGAGCCAGGCUGCUUCAGGUGCUGCCCCUGCCACAGCCACCACUGCGUCAGCCCCUGAUGUCCGUGCUCCUCGAAAGCUGGAGCAGGCAGCAACAGGCCAGCAGGGCGCGCAGGCUGGCGGGCGGCGGGAGAUUGCAGUUCCGCCGCCACCGCCGCCGCCGCCGCAGGACGGCGGCCUCACGUCUCUGUUGUCCCGGCAGCUGCACAAUGGAGUGGCGGCACCUGCAGCCGUGUCACAGGCUCAGCAGCAGCGCCACCAGCACCAGCAGCCGCUUUGGCAGCAGCAGUCUUUCUGUCUUGACAGCUACAGCCGCAGGACUGGCGCCUGCGGCCUGUCACGUGACGCCGCGUUUGCCGCUUUCCCGGUGGAGGCGGAGGCCGUGGCACGGGCUUUCCAGGCCAGGGAAUCGCGUGAGCCAGCCGCGGCGGCUGUCGCUGCUACAGCGGCGGCAGCCCUGAACUCCGCUGCUACAGCCGCCGCAGGCACCAAGCAAGCAGGGGCGGCGCCUGGUGCUACAGCCACUACGGCAGCGGAAGAAGUAGCCAGCGGCGAUCCAGGAGCAGCAGCAGCUGUUGCUACUGCCGCCGGCAGCUGUAGCCGUGACGUCGAGCUCUACUAUCGAGCGGUGGUGGCGGCGGCGACGGGAAUGCCGGGAUCACCGGCGGCGGGCGGCGGGGCUGCUGGAGAAGGGCCGCAGCAGGAAGCCGGGCUUGUUGAUGGCGUGCGGCCGUACUCGGGGGCGCGCCUCACCUGCCGCGGGCUGCACCGCUACAGCCUCUCCGGUCUGGGGCCGCUACGGCGGGCGCUCGGCACCGGCAACAGCACACCGCUGCAGCUGGCGGUGCUACUGCCGUGCGGGCGUGCGGUGAUGGGGCUUUUGCCGGCCGCGGCUGUGGCCACGGCGACUGGGGAGGAGCCUGGGGCGGCGGCAGCGAAUGGGCCCACCGCAGCACCGGACGGGCAGCAGCAGCUGGGACUUGUGCUCACCAAGUCCUUUGCCGCCUUCGUCAACAACCAUUUUGCUGUAAGGUACACGCUGGUGGAGGCGCUACUGGGCUCGGAGGCGGCGGCCUCCCAUGACACACCACCCGUUAUCCUUCAUGACAGCAACACGGGUGCUCCCAUCCCUGGCGGAGGAAGGCUGGUCGUCAGCGGCAGCAGCAGCCGCGGUCAGCAGCGGCGGGCUGCGGCAGAGCCUAGCGCUGCUGGCGACCGCAGCUGCAGCAGCGGCCGGUCGCCGGUGCUUCCUCGCUGGGAGGUGGCGGGGCUGGGCCCAUGGAUGCGGGCGCUCGGCGCGGCGGAGGGCGACCGCCUCGUCUUCAGCACCGCUGAUGGCAGCAGUCUGCGGACUGCCGCCGCAGUAAGCGCCGCUGCUGGUGAUGCUGACGCCGCCGCUGUGGCAGGGGCGGGCACCGGCGCCGCCGAUGAUUCUGGUGACAGGGAUGGGACGGUGGGCGCAUCGCUGGGCGUUGUUUCUGUGCGGUUCAUCAAAGCUGCGAAGCAGCGGGCCAUCGGCAGCGUCGGCGGGGCAGCUGGCGGCUCUUCAGCAGCCGACGGCUCUUCAGCAGCAAGUCUUGCUGCGCAUCAGCAGCAACCAAGCGGCAGCAGCUGCGUGGAGGGAGGGGCCGUGGCGGGCACCGUGGUUGUGGCCUGCAACCAGCAAUUCUGCUGGCUAACAGUUCAGGCCGUGGCGCAGCUGCUGGGGCACGAGGCUGCGGUGAGCGGUGUGCUACCUGGCACGACGCCAGGCCCGGCGGCGCUGCCGCUGCGCGUGCCGCCGCACCAGCGGCAGUUUGCGCCGUCGGCCGUCCUCCAGAGCGACGGCAUCCGGGCCGUGGAGCGCAUCGCGCGGUGGCGGCUGCAGGGUCUGGCCAAGUGGCUGCGGCAUGUGGGCGCGGGGCCCGGUAGCAGCUUGCGCUUCACAGCCGUGCGGGAGGCCGCUGGUGCAGAGGCGGAGGCGGCAGUGGCGGAGGCUGCUGCUGCGGCUGGUCAUGCCGCAGCGGCUGCUGCAGGUGGCCGUUUGGUGGCUGUGGAGGUCAGCUUGGAGAGCGCGAGCAGCCGCAGUGAUGAGGCCGGGCUACCCAAGCCAGCGCCGCUUCAUGCGCCCGCUGCCGGCGGCUCGCACACGCCAUCGGCGGAAGGGCCUGGUGUUGAGCGGUCUGGUGUUGAGCGGGCACGCACAAAGCUAGCGCAGCAGGUGGCACCGCCGGCAGCAGCAAUGGGGCUGCAGCUGCAGCCGCAGCCGCACGUGGGCGGGCCGCGAGGCGACCUCAUGGCCGGGAGCGACCGCAGCGGACACACUGCAACAGCAGCAGGUGGUGGUGGUGGUGGUGGUGGUGGUGGUGGUGGUGGGGGUGGGGGUGGGGGUGGUGGUCAGCCGCGGCAAGGCGCAGCAAGCCAGCAGCAGCAGGCAACGCGCGCGCAGCAGCAGCAGACGGGGUCCUUGCCUCGCUUCACCACGCGCAAAAUUGACAGCUUUGAGGGGCUGUUCGAUAGCCCGCCCCGCACUGCUGCGGCUGCUGCUGCGCCACCGGCGGCCGCCGCCACUCACGGCAAGACGGCGGCGGCGGCACCAGGAUUGUCUGCAGCUGCGGCGGCGUUAUGGAUACCGCACAUUACUCCACCUACCGCCGCGCUAGGCAGCAGCCGGGCUGAUGAGCAUGCCACCGGGACCACCGGCGAGCGCGCUGCUGCGCAACCGCUAGGUAGCGCAACAGUGCGCGUGAAGCAGGAGGCAAAUGCAAACGAAGCGGAAGUCGGACCGGCGGUCACCCAAAGACACAAAGACGACACAGAGACUCCGCCGCCGCCGCCGACUCGGCCUCCGCCGCCACCGCCGCGACCGGCAGGCAGCAGCGGCCGGGGCAGCUCAGGCGCGGGAGGCUGGAGCCGCAUCCAUCCGCCGGUGACCUCCGCGCGGCCGCAGCCGCCUACCGGUGCCCCUGUUGCGGCACAUGGAGAUGCGGCGUUCACGAGCGGAACCGGAGGCGUCCAUUCUGUGCAGGAUCAGCAGCCAACAGACCUGGCGCAAGACGCAGCAGGCAAGUGCUGUGUCAAGACGGUGGCGGCAAGCCCUGCUGGCGGCGGCGGCGGCACGAUGCCGCCGGUGGCUGAUCAGCAGCCGGCGACGGUGGCUGCUGCCGCGGCGGCGGCCGCACGCGCACCCGUCGGUGGCACGACUGGUGCUGAUGCCGUUGUCAGCGGGCGCUUGGGGGUGGAGGAAGGCGGUGGCAGCAGCGGCAGUGGCGGCAGCAGCAGCAGCAGCGCGAGUGCUGCUGCUGUUGUGAUGCUGCCCGCCGCGGACGCCAUGGAUGACAUCACUUUGGCCUGCAGGCAGCAGCAGCACCAGAGGGAGCGGCAGCAGCAACACCACCAGCUGCUGCUGCCGCCGCACGAGCGCAAGCGCCCCCGGGGCAGGGAGUGGCCGCGGCGGCACCAGCAACACCGUCCCGAGCAGGAGCAGCAGCCGGCAGCGGACUUGGCGUCGCCAGCCAAUACCCCACAAGCAGCCGACAGAAGGCGACCGGGGGCGCAAGCGGUCGCGCCGCUCGAGCCCAUGGCUAGGUCCGCCGCGGCGGCUUCCGCCGCCAGCACUGGCGGCGGAGGGCCACUGCCGCCGCCGGCGGAUCCAGAAGCUGCGGCGCCAGGAGCGGUGUCAUCACUGCCUGAAGCGCUGGCGGAGCACUACCCAAAGGUCUUCAAGCUGAUGACGGCGAUCUGGCAGCAGCAGCGGGACCCACAUGGGCGCGUGGCGGUGGCGGCAGGCCGCGGUGCUGUGGCUGCUGCUGCCGCCAGCUCCAGCCCCAGCAGUAGUGGGCCGCCGCCGCCGCCCUGCGCACCACUGCUGCCCCUGGAGGUGCUGCAGCGCUAUGCGGGCAGAACAGGCUGGCGGUGCGAGUUGGAACUGGAGCGGCACCAUCAGUAUGUAGGAGAGAGUGGUGCUGCUGGUGCUUGCAGCAGUGGCGGAGGUGCUGGCGGCGCUUCAGGGCCUGGUGGCGGCGCGGCGGCCUCCACCACAGCCAGCCGAGCCUGCUUUGCCGCAACGGUGGAGCUACGCUCGGGGGAGACGGGUGCAACAAUAAUCGCCGUUGGCAAGGUCGCUGCGGACAAGGACACGGCGCGGCAGCUGGGCGCGGCGGCGUGUCUGCAGCAGCUGCUGGCGGCAGGCGUCAGCCCCACCGCCCUCAUGCCGCCGCCUCAGCCACCACCACCACCACAACCCAUGUGGCCGACGACGGCACAGCAGCAUGCGCACAACUUUGAAGCCCCGCUUCCGCCACUUCCGCCAGCACAGCCGCAGCAGCAGCAGCUGCCGCCACCACAGCCCCCGCUCCCGCAGGAACAGCCUCCGGCACCUGCACCGCCACAACCCCUGCAGCCGCCGCCGCCACCACCCUUACAACCGUCGCCGCCCUCACAACUGUCGCCGCUGGAUUUCCUGACGCCACAGGCGCCUCCCGGCAGCACGCUCCACACCGCCGCUGCGCACCACUCUGUGGGCUGCGCCGGCGGCUCGGCCGCUGCGGGCUCGGCCGCCGGGCCCGCCACCGCCGCCGCCUUCUUGGACGGUGGCUUUAUCACACCGACAGGGACUCAGCACCAGGCACAGAACCCGCCCAAUGCGGCGCAUACAGCAGGCUACUCAGCCGGCAGUGCCCUGCCCUCCUCUAUGCCCACGCAGAUGCAGCCCACACUGCCAGCGCAGCCGCCGCUGUUGAAUCAACCACCACUGCCAAUGCAGCCGCCCCUGCCAGCACAGCUGCCGCCGCUGCCGCCGCAGCCGCCGCUGCCAUUACAGCAAGCACCGCUGCCGCACGACUACUGGCCGCAUCAGCAGCCCUGGCUGCCGCCCAUCCCAGACACGAGUCAACCACUGCACGGCGGCGGGCACGAAUGUGCAUCACAGCAGCACUGGUACGAAGAGCACCAGCAGCAGCACCAGCAGCAACAGCAGCAACAGCAGCAACAGCAACAGCAGCUGCAUGUGCAGCCUUCACACAACGCACUGCUGCCUGGGCCGCAGAACUCGCAUGGCGGGCGGUUUGGUGACUCGAGCGGCGGCGCGUGCCCUGCUGGUGGUGGGGCUCGUGCUGACUCGGACAGGGGCGGCUGGCGGGGGGCUGGCAGGAGCGGCGGUAGCAGCGACGGCAGUAGCAUGUGCAGCAGCCAUACAGUGCUGUGUCCCGACGCUUUCAGCGGUGCUGCUCUGCUGGCGGCGCAGCCGUCGUGGCUCGGCCCCUACCCGCCAGCAUCGGCCCAGAUGGGUGCGGCAACACAGCAGCACGCCGCCGCCUUCAGGUACGACCAGCAGCAUCUGCAACAACGUCAUGCUCUGGUCCAGCACCAGCAUGCGCACAGCGAGGCGCAGCCCCUGCCCCUCCUGCAGCCGCUGUCACACCUGCUGAGCACCACUCCGCCUGUGUCGCUGCAGCCAGCGCCGCCGCCACCCCAGCGGCUUCCUGUCCAUGCACCCGUGCCGCAGCAGCCGCCGCCAUGGGCACUAGGCCUACAACAGCUUCAUGCGCAGCCUGUGCUACUGCCGCUACAACCGCCGCAGCCGGAGAUGCAGCAGCAGCAGCAACAGCAACAGUACAUCAUGUCGCUACCGCAGCCACAGCUGCAGCCGCACCAGCAGCAGGGCCCGGGCUUGACCCAGCACCAGCACCAGGCGCCGCCGCAGCUACUGCCGGCGAUACAACCGCCGGCAAGCGGCGGGCUCGGGCUGUCCUGCUGGGUCCGCGGCGGAGGCGGACACACGAACCCAUGCGACCCGCCACCUUCACAGCUGGCCCCAGGGCCGUACACGCCGGCACAGGCGCCACAGCAGCCGCAGCCAGAACCAGUGGGGGCCUGGGGCGCCGUGCCGCUGCCUCCACAAUCUCUGCCGCCUGCUGCUGGCAACGAUUGCUGGCAGCAGCAGCAGCAACAGCAGCAGUGGCAGCAACAGCAACAGCAACAGCAGCAGUGGCAGUGGCUUCCCCCGGCGGCGCACCAGCAAGGGCUCGGCCACUAGGGCUCAUGAUGGGGCCCCGGUUGGCACGUUGCUGGAAGGAUUGAGUUCAGUUGCAGGUUGUUGCAGCGCCUAGCAUACCGUAGCACAAGGGGUGCUAGGGAUGCCUGCCACGGCAUUGAACCAUGCACAAAAUGCAGUGAACAUGUAUAUCUUAAGCCUCAGGCUCGAAGCAGGGAGACUGGCUGGCACCAGUGGACGGAAAGACAGCAAGUGUCAGCAAUGUUUAGAUGUGCGCGCAGCUACGCGCCCGGGCACCUAGGAGCGCCUUGUCAGGAUGGAGGAGCAGCAGCAGCAGCAGGGCGAAGGAUUUCAUGACGAGGGCGGAGGGCGCGCGUUGGCGACUGGUCAAGUUUUGGGGGUUUGGGCUUGAAGGGAAUGAAAUAUGUGCAGAACGCUUUUAUUUGGCGGCCCCGGCACCUCCCGCACAUCUCUGCGGCGGGGGCAAUCGCUUACACGUGUAUCCGUGGAGUGACGGAGUCUGCGCGAUGACGCCAGGAGUGUCAGGACCGCGACUCAAGCAAGCAGCAACAUUUAGCCGCACCUGCGCUACUGCUCCGGACAGCGCUACCCAAGGCGCUACCCCCGACAAGUUGCAGCAUGCGUCCAUGACAGCUCCGUGCCCGGCUUAUUCGAACCGUCGACGGUCCCAGACACGUUAGCCUUCGGAGUUUGCGCUGCACCUCGCCUCUCUGAUUCCUGCCGGGAGGGGGGGGGGUCAGGGGGGGUCGUUUGCCGCAAGGGUUGUUGUGGCGGUUAGCGGAUGAGUGUGUUUCUUCAGGUGCUGGUUUCGGCGGGCUCGCCGGCUUGCAAACUGACGCUUAUUAUAGAAGCAUCACGAUUAGCAUAGGGUGAGCAGCGAGCGCAUUUGCGUGUGCGGAUUGGCGACUGGCCCUAGCGGGACAGAAUACGUUUCACAUAGUAUGAUAGAAUUUGAUAGUCAGUUUAGACUACAGGUUUCAGAUUUGCAAUUGUCGGCCUGUAAAUUGGUCCUGGA